AUGUUUCUUUUAUUUUUAUUUUUAUUUUCUUGUGUAGAUGCAGUGAGGUGAGUUUUUAGAUUAUAAUUGAACAUUGAAAAGUUAUGGAGCAGCUAAAAAAAAUUGUGAUAUGUUUCACUCAAACUUCAGAACAAAUGAAGCAUCUCGAGAUAAUUCUGAUGUUUGGCUCGUCAUUUUCAUGUGCCUCAUGUUUUGUUUUGCUCUUCGCCAUAUGAAUGAUUUUUAUGUUGGGGAAUCAGUAGGUAAUCUUCUUUCUUUUCCCAAAAAAUCCCCGAUUUUGCAGGUGACUCUUGUAACAGAAGGUGAAUAUGCUCAUCGAUUCAGUCGUCGACAAAGCAAUAAACAAUUGAAGAAAAUUGAAAAAGAUUUCAAUGACAUGUUCCAAAAACUUUGCGAAAAAUAUGAAAAAGAUCUUGAUGCUGAUGGAUGUUGCGGCUAUUAUGAAGAACAAAAAGGCCUGAUUGCAUAA